AUGCCCAAAAUCUUGUGUCUCCACGGCUUUGUCCAAAACGGCUCUGUUUUCGCCAAAAAGUCCAGCGCUCUGCGUAAGGCUCUCGCCAAAGCCGGCUAUGAAACUGUUUACUUGACAGCUCCUGUCAAAAUUGAUACCGCAGAUUUGCCCUUUGAGCCAACUACCCUCGGAGGCGAAUCAGGUAAUGAUGCCGCCGUCGACGCGUUCCGUUCUUGGUGGCCUGCCAACGAGCAAAAAGACGACUACUAUACUCUUGACCAGGCUUUUGCUUGUGUUAAGCAAUCUGUUCAAGAAAAUGGUCCCUACGAUGGUGUACUUGGAUUCUCGCAAGGCGCAGGGUUUGCCGGUAUUCUUUGUACAGUCAUCCACAAGUUGCACGAGCUUGUGCCCGAACAGGCCGGAUCUGAAGAGUACAAGCAAAAAAAUAUUCCUCUUAAGUUUGGCAUUUUUUACUCUGGGUUCCGUGUCAAGCCCGAUGCUUUGCAACAUUUUUACACGCCACCAAUUAGCACCCCGUCACUGCAUAUUCUUGGUGCUCUCGACACAGUAGUUUCAGAAGAACGAUCAAUGGCUCUGUAUAAUGCUUGUUCUCCGGAAUCCCGUACGCUGCUAACUCACCCGGGUGGCCAUUUUGUUCCUAAUUCAAAGCCCAUGGUGGCUUCAGUCGUCAACUUUAUUACGACCCAGCCUGCUAAUGAUGUACCUGAAAAUACAUCUGAAAAAACUCCUGCUGCUGCUCCUUCUGAAGAUUGGAGUCUGUUUGAUAAGAUUGGUCAGGCGUGA